AUGGUUUGUGAGGAAAUAAUAAGGACUUAUACACUGGAGGAGCUUAGGGUGGCGACCAGGGACUUUAGGGUACCCAUAGGCGUCGGAGCCACGUCCUACGUGUACCUGGCAGAGCUCGGGGAUGGGCGGCUCGGGGCGGUGAAGCGGGUGGUGGCGGAGAGAGGUGGAAGCAAGAAGGUUUUCCUGGACGAGGUCUCUGUUCUUCUCAGGAUAUCUCACCCUAAUUUGGCGGGGUUGAUGGGGUUCUGCAUGGAGAAAGGAGAACAACUUCUACUGUUGGAGUACGUACCCAACAAGACACUAUUCGACCGCCUUCACACCUACCAGGGCCAGUCCCAGGGAGUCCUCCCGUGGCGGAGCCGCCUCAGUAUCGCUGCCGAUAUCGCCCGUGCCCUCGACUACCUCCACACCGCGGCGGACCCACCAGUGAUCCACCGCGACGUCAAGUCCUCCAACAUCCUCCUCGUUGACGACGCCCAUGCCAAGCUCGCCGACUUCGGCCUCUGCAAGCUCGGCCACGAUGGAGAUGCAGCCCGGACUCCCACCGUCAUCAAGGGCUCACUUGGCUACGUUGAUGCUGCCUACCUCAGCACGGGUUGCGUGUCCCGGAAGAGUGACGUAUACAGCUUUGGGGUGCUGCUGCUGGAGCUGGUGACGGGGCUAAAGGCCAUGCAGGUUGGGGAGAAUCGAUGCAUUAUAAUGAAAAUUGUCACCAUAAAUACAGGUUCGGAUGUACUGCCAGAAUGGACAGCGGAGAGCCGCCAGAGUGAGGACCCCGAAGUCCUGAUGGUGAUGGUGGACCCAAGGCUUGGGGGCAACGUGGACGUGGAGCAGCUGAGGGUGGUGGUGGAUGUGGCCAAUUCAGCUCUGCUCGACAACUGUGAGGCCAGGCCAGACAUGAGCCAGAUUUUGGGGAGGAUUUUGGGUUGCAUGGAGGUUGUGGGGCAGGCUGAGCUACCCGUAUAA